AUGCUUUCCUUGGUCCUUUCUGCAGAACUCACUGGAGUCAACGGACUUCGUCCUAAGGACACUGAAGAGGAGCCCUACUAUUUCACCUUCAAGGUCCAAUGCACGGGCUGUCGCGAGGUUCACCCCAACUGGGUCAGCUUCAACCGCUUUGAGCAACAUGAGAUCCCCGGAAGUCGGGGCGAGGCCAACUUUGUGUGGAAGUGCAAGCUCUGCGGGAAAACUCACUCUGCCUCGAUCGUCGCGGGCCCCAACGCUUAUGAAGCGAACGACAAGCGCACUGGCCAGAAGGUGAUCGACAUCGACUGCCGUGGUUUGGAGUUUACUGAGUUCAAGCCCGAUGGUGAGUGGGAAGCUAAGGGUGUUGAGUCCAACACUCCGUUUACUGCCAUCGAUUUGUCUGAGGGAGAGUGGUACGACUACGAUGAGAAGGCUGGAGAUGAGGUCGCUAUCAAGGAAAUCUCCUGGACUUUCAACCCCGUCAACCCCCGCCCUUUCCUUCAAGCUAGGGUCGGCGAAGAGGUCAUCAUCCGCCUGAAAUGGGGCCAAACAGAGUACAAGGGCAAGCUGGAGAGCAUCGACUCGUACAUGAACGUGCUGCUGCGGGAUACGGAGGAGUUCAUUGACGGCAAGAACACGGGUACUCUGGGACUGGUGCUGAUCAGAUGCAACAACAUUCUCUGGAUGGGCUCCGCCGACAACGUUGAGAUGACGGAUCUUGGACUGCGGUAG